AUGAGGAUUUGUAGUGCACACGAUCCUACUGAUGGAUUCACUCUUGUUCCGUUAACAGCGCAGGACUUUAGGAAUGAUAAACCUUACAAUGAACCUCUCAAAAAUCGCUACAGCUACAAAGAUGGAGUCAGAAGGUUCUGGGUCUACAACAACGACAAGCCUUUCAAGCCUUCUAGUACCACCAGACCGCGUUCUGAAGUACGCAUCAAGGGACAUGACUAUACCUCUGGAGUGUGGCAAUUCGAAGGCAACUUUUACGUGCCUAGCGGGACCACCGGUGCAUGUAUAAUGCAGGUUUUCGGUGCAGCCAGUCAUGCCACAACUCUGCAAUUAAGAGUGUAUGAUGGUAACCUGAGAGUUUACCGGAACCAAGUGGUGGCUUCUAACAUCUACGACAAGUGGUUCAAACUGAAUGUGAUCCAUGACGUUGGUAAUUCUAGAGUUACAAUCUUCAUCAACAAUGUGCAAAAGGUUGUCGUUGGAGGCCGAGGCCCGUCUACCUUUUACUUCAAGUAUGGAGUUUAUGCUCAGGAUGGUUCUAGUAACUACAUGGAGUCAAGGUGGCGUGGAAAUAGAGUCUUCAGAAGAUAA